AUGCUGUCUAAAAACGCGGCUCCGGGCAAUUUAUUAGAGUGCCUCAUACAUAUGUAUCGUGACCCGGGCGACGCUGAAAAACUAUCGCUAAUGAAAUCAAUUGAAUUAUACAUCAGUCGGGCCAUUUUGGGAAUUAGACGGGACGGCGCGGGCAAAAAGCGGCCGCGAGCGCCCGGGUUCGAUCCCGCCGGACACGCGCACCGCUACGGUAGGCAGAACAGUAAUCGGUACAUGUGUAUUUUCAAUACAAUACAACCUGUACCGCGGGCGAAGGCAGAUGCCAAGGCUGCAAUGGCACCUGCCGCCCCGGGGGACAAUCGCACCACCACCCCAUGGCCGCAGUUGACCAACCGAGAUGUCGUUCGUGUGCACUAUGACGAGGCCUGCAUAUGUCUCACUUCCAUGCGAUACGGCGGCACAGGUUCUCAACGCCCCCGCGAGCUUUCGGGGCCAUUGUGGGCCCUAAGCGGAGGGCGUAAGGGUCCGACCGAGGCCCAGGGCGCGUUCGCUGCGCGUUGGGCCGCGAUGCUCGAUAUGCAAAUGGGUGCUACUGUUUUGCCGCACCAUUGUCCGCGCACCUUUCAUACGACCCCGGACUCGGUUCGGAACAAAGGGUUCGACGAAAGCUUCAGAGCAAAGGAAAACCGCACGAAGAGGCAUAGGCAGCAGUGCGAGCGCAUGCCAUCUGCAUACAUCUGGCUGAUUUGGAGUGCCAAUGAGAUGCGCCUGACCGCUGCCGAGCGACGCCAACACCGACGCCACCACCGACGCCUGUCACCGAACAAUGAUAGCAUCGCAGCUCCUUCGAUGUGUAUUAACACGUCGGUGUCCCGGCUGCCGUUCAGAUUUAUGUGCGCUGCUCCUCUCACGUGGCGUUCGGAUUCUCACGACCCGAUAUUUUGGGCACAUGCAGAACUGAGCUGCGACUGCAAUCAG